GAAAAGACCGAAAUUGAAGGCACCUUAUUUGUUUAUGCCAGGUAAUUGCUUUUUAUGGUGACCUUUUUUGAAGGGGGCACUGUUAUUGUAAAGAUACUUAGCUAGCUAACUAGGGCCUAACCCCCUUUUAUCUGUGGUUGUCUCACCACCUGUCCUCAUGUCUAUGCCUCCCUAAUUGAUCUCUUCCUCUCUCCCCUCACCUCCACCCUCCCUGUUGCUCUCUUCAAUUUCACCACUCUCUUUGCUUUUAUCUUUGAGACAUGAACACAUUUAGCCUAAUAGUCUUUCUCCAUUGCUCUCCAAUAACCUGUCCACAGGUCUGCAUCCCCUCAUCAUGGCUUCACCAUCAUGAAUCGCCUGAGCACAGAGAAUCUGGUGGAGCCCAUCAACAAAGACCUUGAGUUUCAGCUCCAAGACCCCUUCCUGCUGUACAGAAAUGCUAACUGUGAGUAGGCUAUUUCAUAAUAGUCCACUAGUCAGUCUGAGAUUUCAACCCCAAUGGCUGCUUUGCAAUAACUUAAAGAUGGAGCUAUUUAAAAAAAAAUUGUUACUGUCCAUACCAUGUAGCCUGCACUAGUGAUUUGUGGGUUGACUCAUAACCCGCAGUCCCCGUGGGCGGAUGGGUUUAGGGUCAUUAAAUAUUGUGUGGCUGAAGGGCGGGUGGGUGGCGGGCGGGUUGAAUAACGAUAAACAAUAUCUCAAAAAAUCCAUAAAUGUAUAAUUAUUGUGCAAUAUAUAUAUAGGGCACAUUGAGUUUAACAUUUUUUGUUUUAGGCUAUCUGGUAUUACUGCAUAAACCUAAACUUUAGGGUUUAACUGUAUGCGUGCCAAAUAGCCUACACAGCCAAUCGCCAAAUAAUGCUUUUGGGAAGGGCAGAAAAUGUUAACAUCAAGCCACAAAGGCAAAAAUAACAUUGUGGAACUUUAAUUCAAUAAGACAAAAGCUGUGAAAGGAGAGUUGAAAAUAAAGAGAAGGGAGGGCCAGAAAAGUAAUGUUUGUGGUAAAAGAGGAUGAUAGCAGUGCCGGCUAUGUUAUGUGUGAUGAUUGUGAGGCUGUAUACAAAUUUGACAGUCACAAGACAGGACUUCAAAUAGGCCUAUGGCAUCUCAAGGGAACUGUAGCCUACUGUUUAGAUGGGUUAAAUGGAAACUGAAAUCUGGACAUUGACUAACCAGAAUAACCUACUGUUUUUUGGCAAACUCCAAAGUCCUCUGUCAAUACUAGUCCCGUGCAAAUUGACAUCCCUGUGUUUUGAGAGAAAUGUCUGAGUUUGACAGGUGUUGCUCCCGGUUUGAGCAAGAAAACAAUAACUAAUUCGAUAAAUUGAACGAAGUGCAUAACCUACAGUGCAUUCGGAAAGUAUUCAGACCCCUUGACCUUUUCCACAUUUUGUUACAUUACAGCCUUAUUCUAAAAUGGAUUCAAUUGUUUUUUUUCUUCAUCAAUCUACACACAAUACUCUAUAAUGACAAGUUUGGACACACCUACUCAUUCAAGGGUUUUUCUUUAAUAGUGAAGACAUCAAAACUAUGAAAUAACACAUAUGGAAUCAUGUAGUAACCAAAACAGUGUUAAACAAAUCAAAAUAUAUUUUAUAUUUGAGAUUAUUCAAAGUAGCCACCCUUUGCCUUGAUGACAGCUUUGCACACUCUUGACAUUCUCUCCACCAGCUUCAUGAGGUAGUUAAAAGUUAAUUUGUGGAAUUUCUUUCCUUCUUAAUGCGUUUGAGCCAAUCAGUUGUGUUGUGACAAGGUAGUGGUGGUAUACAGAAGAUAACCCUAUUUGGUAAAAGACCAAGUCCAUAUUAUGGCAAGAACCGCUCAAAUAAGCAAAGAGAAACGACAAUCCAUCAUUACUUUAAGACAUGAAGGUCAGUCAAUCCGGAAAAUUUCAAGAACUUUAAAAAGUUUCUUCAAGUGCAGUCGCAAAAACCAUAGAGCACUAUGAUGAAACUGGCUAUCAUGAGGACCGCCACAGGAAAGGAAGACCCAGAGUUACCACUGCUGCAGAGGAUAAGGUCAUUAGAGUUACCAGCCUCAGAAAUUGCAGCCCAAAUAAAUGCUUCACAGAGUUCAAGUCACAGACACAUCUCUACAUCAGCUGUUCAGAUGAGACUGCGUGAAUCAGGCAUUCAUGGUUGAAAUGCUGCAAAGAAACCACUACUAAAGGACACCAAUAAGAAGAGACUUGUUUGGGCCAAGAAACACAAGCAAUGGACAUUCGACCGGUGGAAAUCUGUCCUUUGGUCUGAUGAGUCCAAAUUUGAGAUUUUUGGUUCCAACCGCCGUGUCUUUGUGAGACGCAGAGUAGGUGAACGGAUGAUCUCCGCAUGUGUGGUUCCCACCUUGAAGCAUGGAGGAGGAGGUGUGAUGGUGACACUGUCAGUGAUUUAUUUCUGCAGCGAUACACCAUCCCAUCUGGUUUGGGCUUAGUGGGACUAUUAUUUGCUUUUCAACAGGACAAUGACCCAACCCACAUCCAGGCUGUGUAAGGGCUAUUUGACCAAGAAGGAGAGUGAUGGAGUGCUGCAUCAUGUGACCUGGCCUCCACAAUCACCCGACCUCAACCCAAUUGAGAUGGUUUGGGAUGAGUUGGACCGCAGAGUGAAGGAAAAGCAGCCAACAAGUGCUCAGCAUAUGUGGGAACUCCUUCAAGACUGUUGGAAAAGCAUUCCAGGUGAAGCUGGAUGAGAGAAUGCCAAGAGUGUGCAAAGCUGUCAUCAAGGCAAAGGGUGGCUCCUUUGAAGAAUCUAAAAUAUAUUUAGAUUUGUUUUAACACGUUUUUGGUUACUACAUGAUUCCAUGUGUUAUUUCAUAAUUUUGAUGUCUUCACUAUUAUUCUACAAUGUAGAAAAUAGUCAAAAAUAAAGAUAAACCCUUGAAUGAGUAGGUGUGUCCAAACUUUUGACUGGUACUAUAUAUAAAAAAUUAAUAAAUCAAUAUCACAUUUACGUAAGUAUUCAGACCCUUUACUCAAUCCUUUCUUGAAGCGAUUACAGCCUUGAGUCUUCUUGGGUAUGGCGCUACAAGCUUGACACACCUGUAUUUGGGGAGUUUCUCUCGUUGUUCUCUGCAGAUCCUCUCAAGCUCUGUCAGGUUGGAUGGGGAGCGUUGCUGCACAGCUAUUUUCAGGUCUCUCCAGAGAUGUUCGAUCGGGUUCAUGUUCGGGCUCUGGCUGGGCCACUCAAGGACAUUCAGAGACUUGUCCUGAAGCCAUUCCUGCGUUGUCUUGGCUGUUUGCUUAGGGUCAUUGUCCUGGUGGAAGGUGAACCUUCGCCUCAGUCUGAGGUCCUGAGUGCUCUGGAGCAGGUUUUCAUCAAGGGUCUCUCUGUACUUUGCUCCGUUCAUCUUUCCCUCGAUCCUGACUAGUUUCCCAGUCCCUGCCACUGAAAAACAUCCCCACAGCAAGAUGCUGCCACCACCAUGCUUCACCGUAGGUAUGGUGCCAGGUUUCCUCCAGACGUGACGCUUGGCAUUCAGGCCAAAGAGUUCAAUCUUGGUUUCAUCAGACCAGAGAAUCUUGUUUCUCAUGGUCUGAAAGUCUUUAGGUGCCUUUUGGCAAACUCCAAGCAGGUUGUCAUGUGCCUUUUACUGAGGAGUGGCUUCCAUCUGGCCACUCUACCAUAAACGCCUGAUUGGUGGAGUGCUGCAGAGAUGGUUGUCCUUCUGGAAGGUUCUCACAUCUCCACAGAGGAACUCUCAUUGGGUUCUUGGUCACCUCCCUGACCAAGGCCUUCUCCCCCGAUUGCUCAGUUUGGCCGGGCGGCCAGCUCUAGGAAGAGUCUCGGUUGUUCCAAACUUCUUCCAUUUAAGAAUGAUGUAGGCCACUGUGUUCUUGAGGACCUUCAAUGCUGCAGAAAUGUUUUGGUACCCUUCCCCAGAUCUGUGCCUUGACACAAUCCUGUCUCGGAGCUCUACGGACAAUUCCUUCGACCUCAUGGCUUGGUUUUCUCUAUGACAUGCACUGUCAACUGUGGGACCUUAUAUAGACAGGUGUGUGCCUUUCAAAUGAUAUCCAAUCAAUUGAAUUUACCACAGGUGGACUCCAAUCAAUCUAGAAACAUCUCAAGGAUGAUCAAUGGAAACAGGAUGCACCUGAGCUCAAUUUUGAGUCUCAUAGGGAAGGGUCUGAAUGCCUUUGUAAAUAAGGUAUUUCUGUUUUUUAUUUUUAAUACAUUAGCAAACAUUUCUAAACCUGUUUUUGCUUUGUCAUCAUGGGUUAUUGUGUGUAGAUUGAUUUCUAUUGCAUCCAUUUUAGAAUAAGGCUUGUUGUGGAAUAUUCUAAUCAAGUGAGAGAGACUUUGUCAUUUCUUCAAACAAUCAUCUUAAUUCAAUUUCGAUUUAAUUAUUGCAAUAAUGAAGCUGGUAGACCGCACACUCUGAAGUAUGUGUUGCAGAGAGCUUAAAAUCAUACAGAGAAUACAGGGUCUUAAAUAGCAGACCUAAAAAUGCUUGGCUGGUUCCACCCCUCCCAUGCAGAUCGGGGGCAUCAUAAGCCACCUUGGGUUCAUCUGGUGGUUAUCUGCAUGAGUGUUAUUUUAGUCCUCCAGGCUAAGUUUCCCAAAUGCAAGGAUCUCCUCCAGGCUAUCUGUAUCUCGGUUACACACACCACAUCUUGUCUAUGGAAUGCAGGCUGUAGCCAUCAUAAAUCAAUUGUCAGCUCAAGCGAUCUCUAGUGACCAUACGUCCAGAUUAGCUGCAGGGAGCUAGAGUGGAAACCAUCCCUUUACAAAAUCACAGCAUUAGUAGAACAGAAAUGUCUUACUAUUUGUUAAGUAUAUCAUUUAACUAUUCAUAUCAAACAAAUCAGGUAAAUACGUAAUUUUUCUCUCACAGGCUGUAACGUAACAAAGUGGAAAAAGUAAAGGGGUCUGAAUACUUUCCAAAGGCACUGUAUAUAUGAAGGGCCUACAUGUGUCGACUUUCACAGUGAAUGCUUUUGUUUAUACGUUUUGUGCCAAGAAUUGAACAUCGCCAAAUGCAUAAUUUAAAAAAUAUUGCACAUCUGGAAUAACGGAUGUUCUGGGGUAAUAAAUACAUAACCAAUGUUCUCUAGUAAUGCUAGUCCCUUGCGAAUAGGGCUAUAGCCUUAAUAAUAACUCCUGCAGAAUUAAGCAUUUCUUGCAGUAAAAUUAUACACCAAAUGUAGGCACCAAAUGUAGGACUUGGGAACAGGAGUGGAGAAAUAUGAUUUAUUUAUUUCUGCAUCUUGAGAGAAUGUAAAGCUCAGUUAGAUACCAUCUGUAGAGGUGCUGUCUUCAUCAUAAAUGUGUCAUAAAAGCUGAUAGUAUUUCAACCACAUCAAAUAUGCAUCGAAGCCGAACUGAAAUCUUAUCAGAAACACGUUGGGUCGUUUUCACAGCUUUCUUUUUCCUUACAACCGGUCAAACUGAUGGAAGUUUUCCACAGAAAAUAGUUUUUGUUGUUGUUGCUUUAUUGUAUUUUCUCCCCAGUUCCUAAAUGUCUUUGCUCCGCGAAAGAUGACAGAGAGAACUUCACCGACGUCAACUAUAUUGAAGCAUUCAUUCUAUCGAUCUAUUACAUUAUUCUGUUGAGUAAGGGUUUAUUUAGUCUUCUGGGGCAACAUAUAAUGACAGAAGAGAAGCUACAUGUAUCUAAUUAUAGACAAGUUGACUAACAAAUAGCCUACCAAAAUGUCGGAAAUUAGAAGCAGAAAUCCCAGCACCCCCUGUCCAAAAAUUAUUCUGCAGUCUGAAUGUAGCCUAUAAUGUAUUUUCUAUAUUUGCGGGCUAGGGUUGGGUACGAGCCUCAGAUUUUCACUUUAUCACUUAUAGUCUGGAGGUUGCGGAUGGGUUAUUAGCAAUUGUGGGCGGGUGUGGGUGAACAAACAGCUGACCCGCGCACCACUAGCUUGCACAUCUAGAAGAUUAAAUUCUAUAUCCAGAAUUUAGUCUACAGGAAAGGUGAGAAGAAAGUGUGGGGAUAACAAGGGUCAUGUUAAAAUUCCUUUUUAGAUUAGUAGUUAACCAACAUUUUAUGUUUUUAUGGAUUAUCUAAACAUAAGGGUAAUUCCAUUGGAACAGAAUAGCACUGAGACUCAGAUUUUUCACUUUAAAAUGUACACCAAACAAAAACCAUUGAUUUCAACUCUAUGCACAAGGACUACUUUUUAAGAAUUUCCACUGAAACUUUUACAAAAACACAUUUACAGGAAGAAAUGUGCAGAUACAAAGUUUGAUAACAGAAUAAAACUAAGAGAGAUUUUACCGUAAUUCUGUUACCAAACUUCACAUCUACGCAGUUUUUCCAGUAAUUUGUUUUUGUUUUUACUGUGUCAAUUGUUCAAAGUAGUCAUUGUAUGGUUUGUUUAAACUUACAAAUCAAUGUUUUUUGUUUGGCAUACAUUUAAAGUGAAAAAUCUGAUAUUCCGUUUCCGUGGAUUUGCCCAUAACUAUAUUUCCAUUAAAAGAGCUGCGGGUGUACAUCUUAUGUAUUACUAGGCUACAUUUAGCAUUGAAUGUGCUAUUUAUGUAAUGUGCCCCCAGAUAAAUAAGGAAGAUCGUCAAUGUUUUAUAAACACAUUUUGGGAAUUAAGUUGCAAAGCACUGCUUGCACACAGGCAUUACAGAUCUGUCAAACUGUGUGGAAUUCAAAAGAGAACUUGAAAGAUUUCAGACCCUUUGAUGACUAGGGGGUUACGUCUUUUACUGCAAUCCCUUCAUACGAUCUACUAUUUAAUUUUCCUGUUUAGUCCAAUGGGAAAAUAACAUUACCCUGUCUGUGCAGCAGACAGACACACAUCAAACCCAGGCAGACAUACAGGAAUAUAACACACAUUUACACAUGCUCCCUCUGACAUAAUUCCACCACUUCAAUCCCCUUCCAUGCUGACCACUGCAUAGAUAUACAUGCACACAAAUUCACCAGACAGACAUUGACACACUAAACACACUACCCCUCCAGUCAGACUUGCCUCUGAAUGCACUCAGCAGACAACGUCCCAGGGUUCUCUGGAAGAUGACCUUCCCCUUGUGCCGGAGGUCACGCUGAGGCUGAUGGUGCGCAGUGAGCAGGAACAUCUCCUCUGAUAGGUCUCCUCCGCCAAUGGCUUCACACUAACAGGGGUCAACCCAGCCCAGGAGCUCAGUCUGAGGAAAAGUAUGUCUGUCAGGCCCAAGGGCCUCUAUGGCCCGGAGCCGCCUGGAAACCACCUCAUGGAUGGGAUGGAUACAGCACGUCUGCUCUCAGCGGUAGUUCUGUAGGCGUCUGAUCCAGUCAUCCAGAGGGGCAGCGUUAUCUGGAACCCUGUGACUCCUCCUCAGUCAUCUAGUGCCUGCAGGCCCCUGGGGAGGGAAUGCAAGACUAUCCUGGAAAAGUGGGGUUCUUGGCUGUCUUUGAGACUCGUAAAGGGAUGGUGACUUAUUCUGUUUACCAUGAUUCCAAGGUUUAUCUCCUGCCUUCCCUCGUAUUCCACACAUCUGUUAGUGGAGGGUUGUAUCAGUGCUUCAACCGGUUAGAGAAUGUGAAUGUGGCCUGUUUAGAGAAACACACACCUGUUUAUGCAUCCCAGGGUUCCCCAGGCACCAAACACUACUGUUGCUAGGUUACCAGCCUCGGAGGGAAACACUCCUGUCACACACUGUUUCCUCAGAAAGUCCCGUGUGGCUCAGUUGGUAGAGCAUUGCGCUUGUAGUGCCAGGGUUGUGGGUUCGAUUCCCACAGCGGACCAGUAUGAAAAAACUAUGAGUGUAUGCAUUCACUACUGUAAGUCGCUCUGGAUAAGAGCGUCUGCUAAAUGACAAAACAUUUUUUUUAAAUAAAGUUGCUGAACUCAACUAAAAUAUCCCUCUUCCUAAGGGAUGCGGCUCUAGUGAACCCUUCUCCCUCCCAUUAUCUCUUCUAGUCAGUCAUAUUUCACUCUUGUCUCUGUGUCCCUCCUACAGUGGGUAUAUACAGCAUCUGGUUUUACGAUAAGAAGGACUGCCAGCGCAUCGCUCAGCUCAUGGUGAAGUGAGUAUGGCCCGGUGAAACACACCACCACUAACCCACAUAUGAAUACCAUCAUCACCCAUACCACUGGGGGAGCCAUUUAGCACUUUACAGACAUGAGAUUGUAUUGUGUGUUUGUUUCUCUUGUUGUGUCUCUGUCCUCCAGGAUUGUGAAGCAGGAAGCCUUGCAGGCUCACCGGGGCUCCCCAGAGAUGGCCGACGUCCCUGGGAGGACCAAUGGCUGCUCGGAACCCCGCCCCAUCGACAUUCUGGAGCUCCUCAGCAAGGCCAAAGAUGAAUACCACAGGGUGAGAGACGGGAGCAAUCUUCACAAUCAAGUCAUCACCCGGGCCACACACACACACACACACACGUGACCACAGUCCAGAGAAUAGUAUUUUUGGACAGACUUUACUGCCCUCUCUUCUUAUACACACACACAGAAGGGAUAAAAAUGUGAAUAAAUAUUAUUCCAACAGUGUGCACCCAGCUGUGGAUGGGGUAGCAAUGUCCCCCUGCUGUUUCUCUCUCUUACUCAGUUAAGAACUCACUGUCUUGUCUGUCUGUCUUAGUUACUCUUUAUUGAUGUCACUCUCUUUCCUUAGAUCUUAGUCCUGCUGCCCAGUGUUUUUCUUUGUUUUAAUUGCUGAGAUUGCACACACCCAUCCCAAUUUACAUUCAUCUGAACACACUAGUAGGAAUGUCAAAAUAAUAAAUAUGUCUGUGUGUUAACUAGACUCAGGCGGGGGAAACGGAGAUGUCCGUUACUACUGAGCAGAGUGUGAACACAGAGACGCUGAAAUCAGCCGGUGACACUACAGAGCGCGCUCACAGCGCCUCACAGCCAGAACAGGUACGUACCACUCUAGUUGAAAUGACUGUACUAUGUCUGAUGACACGCUACCUGUACCAAGUGUUCUCUCACAUGACUGAAAUGACUGUUACUUGUCAGUCAUUGAAUGUUUACUGUAUAAGUAUGUUUCAUAUUGACUGUUGUAACUGUAUUUGCAGAGCUCCCACUCUGGCCAGAGGCAGAUCACCGUGGAGGAGCUGUUUGGCAGUUCUCUACCCAAGGAGGCCAGCCUGCUGCCAGCCAUGCCCAUCCAGAGUUCCACAGACCCUGCUGCCCCGGGCCCCGUCAGCUUCCUCAAGACCCAGAGUUACGCCCCACCCAUCCCUUUCCAUCCCUUACUGGCCCCCCACCUCACAGCUGACCCAGGGGGCAACAACCGGCACCUCACCCCUGGUCUGAUCCCCCUGAUGGAGGCCAGAGGGGGCCCUGGCCCAAGCUACACCUUUUACCCCGUGUUCCCCGGUGGACCUUCAGGAGACCCCCAACCCCAGCACUCUGUGUCCCCACUGUUGGUUACUCCAUCUGGGGCUGAGGCUUGCGGUCCUCCCCCUGGCCCUCUGUCGGCCUACCUGGGGCAGGAUCUCCUGGGCUCGCUGAAACCCAGCCCCUCUGACCUCCACAAACCCGCCCUCGCACCUAGCGUCUUGCCCAGCCCGCUGGCCACGCCCCAGAGCUUCAGAGAGCCAAUCCCCAAGCCCGCUGCCCUCGGCAGCAUGCCCACAGGCCAUGUGCAGGUAACCAGCUGCUUUUGCCCCUGUUCUUUUUUUGUGAUGCGUACUUAGUGUAAUCUGUCAUGUCUGAAGGACUCCCUUAUUUACUCAGCCGCAGAUUAAAGAAAUUGAUGUGUUCGCUCAAUCUCAGAAACUGUCGAAAACCAUGCCAGUAAGUAUGAUUGUGUUAUCAUGAUGUAGAUGGCUUUGAUUGUACAAGUCUCUGUGUUCACAUGAUGUAGAUGGCAUCCACUUCCUGCCCUCUCUCUUUCUCUUGUCCAUCCAAGGCUGUCCCUAUGAAGGCGGAUCUUGUGGUACCGGGGGCAGAGCACUCCGUUCUGCUCUCACCGAGCGCCUUUCAGCAUUCUGUUGCCAAGACAACGGAAGUGCAGAGGCAAGCUUCCCCUCCGCCCGCAGCCACAGGGGUCAUGGAGCUCCCCCAACCCCCCUACAACAGGACCCAGCUACAGGACACACUCAUCCACCUCAUCAAGGUAGAGCGAGAGAUGAAGCCUUUUUCACCCCAGACCCUGGCCUUGUGUUUCAAGUCUUUUGUCAAGUUCAGGGUUUUAUACUGCAGAUUUCAACUUGCCGUUGUUGACAUUUAUGAAAUGCUCAUGAACUGCUUAUAAAUAGGUUAUGAAGUCCUUCUGUAUAUGCCCUUCAAAUUAAGUGUUACCCAAACGUAUUACUUAAAAGCGAUAUGCAAUGAACUGAAGCAGUUGUGUGAAGUCUGGAAACUUGUUUGUUACUGUUAUACAAAAUGACUGGAAGAUAACUCUUCUCCCUCCUGUGUUUAUGCCUGUGCAGAAUGACCCAGCGUUUCUCAGUGCCAUCCACGAGGCCUAUCUCCACAGUCUCUCCCAGGACCUGAGCCACGUCAAGCUAUAG